AUGUCGCAGAUGUAUGUGCUGAAGCGCGAUGGAAGCAAGCAGGAGGUGAAGUUUGACGCCAUCACCGAUCGCCUUCGACCUCUCUGCCACGGUCUGGAUGCCAACUACAUCGAUCCGGUGCCUGUGACACAGAAGGUCAUCGAGGGAUUCUACAAUGGCAUCGCCACAGCAGAGAUUGAUACCUUGGCAGCUGAGACGUGUGCUUACAUGUCUCAGAAGCAUCCUGACUUCUCCAUCUUAGCUGCACGCAUCGCGGUCUCAAACUUGCACAAGAACACGUCCGACUCCUUCUAUGAGACCUGCAAAAUUGUGCAUGACUUUGUAGACCAGCAAGGGAGGCCAGCUGGUUUGAUCGCAGAGGACGUGUUUGAGUUCGUGCAAGCCAACGCGAGUGAGUUAGACAAGGCCAUGGUCUACACCAGAGACUUUGACUAUGAUUACUUUGGCUUUAAAACCUUGGAGAAGUCCUACCUGAUCCGGGUGCAUGGCAAGUGUGUGGAGCGCCCUCAGCACAUGAUCAUGAGAGUUGCCUGUGGCAUCCACUGUGGGGAUUUGAGGGCCACACUGGAGACUUAUGACUUGAUGUCCAGGAGGUUUUUCACCCAUGCCACACCCACCCUCUUCAAUGCGGGUACGCCCAAGCCACAGAUGUCCUCGUGCUUUCUUCUGAAAAUGAAGGAAGAUAGCAUUGAGGGAAUUUAUGACACCUUGAAGCAGUGUGCUUUGAUCUCGAAAUCCGCUGGCGGCAUUGGAGUGGCUAUCUCCAAUGUUCGUGCCGGGGGAUCCUAUAUCAGGGGCACCAAUGGUUACAGCAAUGGGCUUGUGCCAAUGCUGAGGAACUUCAAUGAGACAGCUCGCUACGUUGAUCAGGGUGGAGGAAAGCGCAAGGGUUCUUUCGCGAUGUACCUGGAGCCAUGGCAUGCUGAUGUCUAUGACUUCAUUGAGCUUCGCAAGAAUCAUGGAAAGGAGGAGCAACGUGCUCGUGAUCUCUUCUUGGGCCUUUGGAUUCCAGAUCUCUUCAUGAAGCGUGUCUUGGAACAACAGGAUUGGACCUUGUUCUGCCCCAACGAGGCCUACGACCUGGAGACUGGCAAGGGCUUGAUGGACCUUUGGGGUGAGGACUUCGAGCGUCUCUAUACGAAGCUGGAGGCCGAAGGAAAAGGUCGCAAGACCGUGAAGGCCCAGCACUUGUGGUUCCGGAUUCUGGAAGCCCAGAUGGAGACCGGGACCCCAUAUAUGCUCUACAAGGAUCACUGCAACAGAAAGUCCAAUCAGCAGAAUCUGGGGACCAUCCACUGUUCCAACCUUUGCACGGAGAUCAUUGAAUACACUUCACCUGAUGAGGUGGCUGUUUGCAAUCUGGCAUCCAUCGCUUUGCCCACUUUUGCCAGCAACACUGGUGAAGCAUAUGAUUUUCAGAAACUCUAUGAGGUGACAAAGGUUGUGACAAAGAACUUGAACAAGGUCAUUGACAGGAACUAUUACCCCGUGGAAGAGGCUAGGCGAUCGAACAUGCGCCACCGUCCUGUGGGUCUUGGAGUGCAGGGUCUUGCAGAUGCCUUUAUGAUGAUGAAGCUCCCUUUCGAGAGUGACGAGGCGAAGAAGCUGAACGAAGACAUCUUCGAAACCAUCUACUUCGCCGCUUGUGAGGCAUCCUGUGAACUCGCAGCGAUUCAGGGACCCUAUGAGACUUACGAAGGCAGUCCAGCCAGCAAGGGUCUCUUGCAAUUUGAUCUUUGGAAGAAGGCCCCGAAGAGUGGACGUUGGGAUUGGCAAGCCUUGAAGGCGCAGAUCGCCAGCCAUGGCCUGCGGAACUCGUUGCUGGUCGCACCAAUGCCCACGGCCUCCACAGCACAGAUUCUGGGGAACAACGAGUCCUUUGAGCCCUAUACGCAGAAUUUGUACGUGCGCAGGGUGUUGUCCGGUGAGUUCGUGCAGGUGAACCGCCAUUUGUUGAAAGAUCUCAUCGCGCGGGAUCUUUGGAAUGAUGAGAUGCGAGUCAAGCUCAUUGCUCACAAUGGAAGUGUUCAACGUCUCGACUUGCCACAGGAUGUGAAGGAUCUAUACAAGACCGUUUGGGAGAUCAAGCAGAGGUGCGUCCUGGACAUGGCCGCAGAUCGUGGAAUCUACAUUGAUCAGUCCCAGUCGUUGAACAUCCACAUGACGGACGCCAACACGGCCAAGCUUAGCUCCAUGCACUUCCACGGUUGGAAGUUAGGACUGAAGACCGGGCUCUACUACCUCCGCACCAAGGCUGCAGCGGACGCGAUCAAGUUCACGGUGGAUGUGGAGACCUUGAAGAGGAGCACGGAAGUUUGCAAGCGAAGUGCGAACGUUCGUACUGCAAGGGUGCUGAAGGUUUCUGCAGAACGCCUUUUGCAGGAGGAUUGGGUCCAGCUGCGAACAAUGGAUCCACAGCUUGAGUCGUCCAUUGGUUCGUCCAAGGCUGCAAAUGCGUCGACGAACUCUUCAAAAGAAUGUCUGCCAGACGAGUGGAGCCUAUCGGCAAACCUGGUCAAGUUGCUGGAUCUCAAGGUGCUGCCCACGCGCACGAGACCGCACAUCACCAGUCGCCGACCAGGGGCUGCACCGGCCACACUGUUCUAG